AUGGGCUUCGGUCGAUCAGCUUCCUCUGUCCUCGUCCUCGGCGCUCUGCGACUUGCUUCUGCCGCCCUCAUCAAGCGCGUUGCGUGUCCCGAUGGCGUUCAUACAGCCACCAACGCUGCUUGUUGUGCCUUGUUUCCUAUCCUGGACGACAUCCAGGCGAACCUCUUUGAUGGUGGCGAGUGCGGUGAGGAGGUUCAUGAAUCCCUCCGACUGACAUUCCAUGACGCCAUCGGCUUCUCACCGACGAAAGGUGGAGGAGGUGCCGAUGGCUCGAUCAUGAUUUUCGAGGACAUCGAAACCGCCUUCCACGCCAAUCUGGGCGUCGACGAGAUAAUCGACGCUCAAAAGCCCUUCGUCGUGAAGCACGGCAUCACCGCAGGCGACUUCAUCCAAUUCGCUGGUGCUGUUGGAGUGAGCAAUUGCCCAGGAGCGCCACGUUUAAAUUUCUUCCUCGGUCGUCCGAAUGCGACGGCCCCGUCUCCUGACCUCUUGGUUCCCGAACCAUUCGACACAGUCACCAGUAUCCUUGAUCGUUUCGCCGAUGCCGGAUUUACCCCGACCGAGGUCAUCGCCCUCCUUGCCUCGCAUUCGGUCGCAGCUGCAGACCACGUGGACCCAACAAUCCCAGGGACCCCCUUUGACUCGACACCUGGCCAGUUCGAUACUCAAGUCUUCAUCGAGGUUCAACUUCGCGGUACCUCAUUCCCUGGCGCUGGGGGGAACCAGGGCGAAGUUGAAUCACCGCUCGCUGGUGAAAUGCGUCUCCAGUCCGACCACACUCUGGCUCGCGAUUCGCGCACAGCGUGUAUCUGGCAAUCCUUUGCAAACAACCAAGCCAGAAUGCAGUCUGCCUUCAAGUCAGCGAUGCUCAAGUUGUCCGUGCUUGGGCAGGACCAGUCCAAGAUGAUCGAUUGCUCCGAGGUCAUCCCAACGCCGCCACCUAUCGGUGACACGCCGCAUCUACCCGCUGGGUUGAAUAUGAAUGACAUUGAGCAAGCUUGCGCAACGACGCCAUUCCCCGCGCUUACUGCUGACCCUGGUCCAGAGACAUCGGUUGCUGCUGUUCCUCCGUCUUAA